GGGUCGGGCAUCAUCCAAAGCGCAGUACAUAUAUACGAGGACGAACGACUCAGGAGAGCAAGCUACUAUUCCGCCGCACUCAUUGUGAUACGCACAGAAAGAUUUCAUCAUGGCCGCCAGCACGCGUCGUCCGGUUAUCAUCAUCGCCGGUGUGGGGAAUGGCACGGGGACGGGAGGAUGGACCGCUCGCGAGUUCAUCAAGCAUGGAUACAAGGUUGGCCUGAUCGCACGGGACGAGGGAAAUCUGCGCAGCCUUGCUGACGAGCUCAAGAGCCUCGGCGGAGAGGCCGAGCAUUUUGCGGUGUCGGCGUACGACUACGACCAGAUACGCGUCGCGGUCGAAUACUUCAAGCAACAGUUUGCGCAGGACGAGAUCCGCGCCGCGCUUUGGAAUGUCACUCAGGGGACACGGAAGCCGUUCCUCGAGAUGACUCGGUCAGACAUCCAGGCCGUGACCGAGGCAGACAUCAUUGCAGGAUUUGCAUUCGCGCAGGAAAUAAUCAAGAUCUUCAAGACUCUCGAACCGAACGAGUACGGCAAGCGCGGCUUCUUGGCAUUCACGAGCGCAACUGGUGCGAGACGGGGCGCGCCAAACUGCACCGUGACUGCCACUGGGAAAUUUGCCGUUCGCGGGCUGUCGCAGAGUCUCGCGAAGGAGUUCAAGUUCGAUGAUAUCCACGUUUCCCAUGCGAUUGUCGACGCGAUGAUCUUGACCGAGAUGUGGCGUAAACACUACGGUGACGAGUGGUACGCCGAGAAAACCAAGGACGAGACGAGCCGUGUGCAUCCUGCGAGCAUUGCUAGGGCAUACGUCUAUCUUGCUCAGCAGGAUCGCUCUGCUUGGACUUGGGAAUUGGACCUCCGUCCCUCUCACGAGAGUUGGACGUGGUAGAUACGUGCAGAUACACAUUUGUUCUGUAUUAAUAUCAUGUUGCAAUCUUU